AUGCAAUUGAUUCCAUGCCUAUUUUCUGUAGUGUAUUUGUAUGCAGUUUUGCCUGUAUCAAUGGAAAAAUUUGCGAUUACACUGAUAAUAGUAACUGUAUUCUGGGGCCUUAUUGGAAUUGUUCUACCCUUUCUAAUUCCUAAGGGACCACAUAAACGACUUGUGCAAAUCAUGUUAGCAUUAACAUCAGCAUGUUGUUGGAUGUUUUGGUUGUGUUUUUAUCUCCAUCAAUGGAAACCGCUUUUCGGACCGCAAAUUGAAAGUACUCAUGCACGUAUGCUACGCACUAUUUGGGGACAAGAAUUAUAA